GCGACGUUAAGUUAUAAUAUUGAUAUGAACUGCAUGAAAAGCCUGACUCCAAAGGAGGCUGACCUGCUGUUAGCCGUACCUGAAAAAGCCAGGUUGAAGUGGUUCAGAGACAGAAAAGCUGUCCAAACAGCCCUGACACUGAUGGUGGGAACAUCAGUAAAUGUGGAAGAGGAUGGAAAGGAUCUGAGAGGCAUCGUUUGCUACAUUGGACCAGUGGUUGAGCCAAGUUUUUCCUGCCCCAUUACAGGAACAUUGUUUGGAAUUGAACUACAGGGCGUGGACAAAGGAAAGGGAAACAGCAACGGGAAAUGUCAAAAUAAGAAAUAUUUCACAUGUGAGAAAAACUGUGGCAUUUUUGUCCCGUUUUCCAAAGUCAGACCUGUGGUCCCCAUAUCCUUGAUGCGCACCUUGUCCUCUCAGUCAGAAACCAAAGCACUGUCUCCAGGAGACAGAGUAACAUACUUAAUCGAUGAUAAAUGUCGCCAUGGAAUGGUGGUACACGUGGACGAUGAGGAUGGAAACCCGCAUGUGUGGAUCUCCACUGACACGGAUGCAAGUGGAAAAACAGGAGGAGAAGUUAAAGUUUCAAUAGAAAUGGUUGUUAAAGGAGAAAUACCUUCAGGUCCCGAGAGCGUCCUUGAUACCCCACCAGCCGAACAGCACACUGAUCUGCACCUGGGUCUGAAUUCCAUGGUAGAAGUGUCGUUGAUGACUGGGAACUCGUAUGGAAUCAUCCGCUGGAUGGGCGCUCUGCCUGGACGUGAUGAUAGGAUGGUUGGACUUGAGCUGGAAGAGGAAAAAGGAGUGAGUGACGGUACCUUCAAAGGGCAGCGCCUUUUCACGUGUCCUCCAAAAAGAGCUCUGUUUGUGAAGCUGACGUCGUGCCGCCCCGACUCGCGCUUCCAGAGCGUAUCGGCCAAUCCAGAGGAGGAUGCAGAUUACGGCUCGGGGAACCUGGAGGUUUUUCCUCCAAUCAGCACCGAGCAGGUCAACGACCUUCUGAUUGGACGGAUGAGGGGGAUCCAGGGACACUGUAACUCCUGCUACAUGGACGCCGCUCUCUUCGGUUUGUUCUCCUGCUCGUCUGUGUUGGACUCCAUGCUGUUUAAAUGUACAGCGCCUCAAGAUGCUCCCAUUCAGAGAACGCUGCUCUGUGACAUCGUCAACCCCCUCCGCAGUAAGGGCUUCGUGGAGGGGCGACACGUCAUGAAGUUCAGGCAGCAGCUGCAGAAACACGGCUACAGUCACUCUUUCACCACGGAUGAGAAGGAUCCAGAGGAGUUUCUGAACAUUGUCAUGCACCACAUCCUGGCUCUGGACCCUCUGCUCAAACUAUCAGCUGCGGGCAAAGUGCAGGAGAGCUACUGCUACCAGAUCUUCCUGGAUCAGAACCACAGGCUGAUUCUUCCAACAGUCCAGCAGCUCCUGGAACAUUCCUUCCACAGCGCAGGACUCAAGCUGGCAGAGGUACCGUCCUGCCUCAUCCUCCAGAUGCCUCGCUUUGGCAAGAAAUUCAAGAUGUUUGACAAAAUCAUCCCGUCUCUGGAGCUGGACAUCACCGACCUCCUCUCUGAGGGUCCUCAGCAGUGCAUCCUGUGUGGAAACCUGGCCGUAGAAGAGUGCACCGACUGUUUUAAAGAACUGGUUUUCAGCCCGACGGGAUUCAAAGUCUUCUGCAAGACGUGUUCGGCUCAGGUGCACUUUCAUCCCGAGCGCCGGUGCCACCAGCCCGCCCCUCUGAACAUCCCCAAGGGUUACCUGGGCCGCGGCAUCCCUCACAUCCUGACCCGAGACCGGCUGGAGCUGUUCGCCGUGCUCUGCAUCGAGACGAGCCACUACGUGUCCUUCGUCAAGCACGGGCCCAACAAACACGACUGGAUCUUCUUUGACAGCAUGGCCGACAGACAAGGAGAAAUAGACGGCUUCAACAUCCCGGAGGUCCAAGCCUGCCCCGAGGUGGGCGUGUACUUGGAAAUGUCUCCCACCGAGCUGGCCAAUCAGACACCGCGAGACAUGAAAGGUUUGGCGAAGCGUCUCUUCUGCGACGCCUACAUGUACCUGUAUCAGAGCCCCAACAUGUGUCUUUAUCGCUGAGGGGACGACGCGC